AUCAACUCAAGAUGAAACCUAAUAAAGGAAAGACCUGCACAAGGGAGAGAGACUACAUGUACAAAUUCAAUGCUGGAAAUCAACAUUUAGUGCUUACCGUGCCUCUCAAAUUCCCCGUGCAGGAAAAUAUUAGUCAUUUGCACGGACGUCUAAUGCUUCUGCACAAUCUGCCAUGCUUUAUAGAAAAUGACCUGAAGCAAUCUCUUAAUAAGUUCAUAGAAGAGGAAACUAUAAAAGAUUAUGAUAGAGAAGCUGAAAUGGCUCUGGAAGCAGUGAAAUCAGGAAAAGUAGACAUAAACCAGCUGGCAGAUACUUGGGCUAAAGCUUAUAAAGAGACAACAUUAGAGCACGCAAAACCUGAAGAAACCAGCUGGGAUGAAGAUUUUGCAGAUGUUUAUCAUGAUCUGAUACAUUCUCCAGCUUCUGAAAUGCUGUUAAACCUGGAACAUAAUUAUUUUGUUAGUAUCUCAGAAUUAAUAAGUGAAAGAGAUGUGGAAUUGAAAAAACUACGGGAAAGACAAGGAGCUGAAAUGGAUAAGGUGAUGCAGGAGCUAGGGAAAUCACUAACAGACCAAGAUGUAAAUUCAUUAGCGGCUCAGCAUUUUGAAUCUCAGCAGGAUUUGGAAAAUAAAUGGACCAAUGAAUUGAAACAGUCUACUGCUAUCCAGAAGCAGGAAUAUCAGGAAUGGGUGAUAAAGCUUCAUCAGGACUUAAAGAAUCCCAACAACAGCUCAAUCAGUGAUGAAAUUAAGGUUCAGCCCAGUCAAUUGAGAGAAUCUGUAGAAGGAAAUGGAAGAAUUUAUGAAGAGCAAAGGCUGUUAGAAGAAAGUUUUACUAUUCACUUGGGAGCCCAGUUGAAGACCAUGCAUAACUUGAGAUUACUGAGAGCUGAUAUGCUGGAUUUCUGUAAACAUAAGCGCAAUCAUCGAAGUGGAGUAAAACUUCACAGACUUCAAACUGCAAUGUCUCUCUAUUCAACUUCUCUCUGUGGCCUGGUUUUAUUGGUUGAUAACCGUAUCAGUUCAUAUAGCGGUAUCAAAAGAGAUUUUGCAACUGUUUGCCAAGAAUGCACAGAUUUCCAUUUUCCUGGAAUUCAAGAACAGCUUGAAAUUGUCCAGAAGGUUGUACUUAAGGCCAGAGCACAGCGUAGCAGUAAGUCGAAAAGACAUCAUGAAAACAAAAGUAGUGGAAAUGAAGAUAAAUUAAAGAAUAUUGAACGAAAUCAAUCAAAUAUUUUGCCAGGAGAAUUCUACAUCACACGCCAUUCAAAUCUUUCUGAAAUUCAUGUUGCUUUUCACCUCUGUGUGGAUGAUAACGUAAGAUCCGGUAACAUAACUGCUCGGGAUCCUGCAAUCAUGGGACUCAGAAACAUUCUCAAAGUUUGCUGCACACAUGACAUUACUACCAUUAGUAUUCCUCUCCUAUUGGUCCAUGAUAUGUCAGAAAAUUUGAUUGGAACACAGUAUAGAAGUGGCUCCCUUUUGCAAGAUCAGGGUCUAUUCUUAUGAAAGUGCAAGCAAUGCAAAAGUGAAAAAUGCAAAAGUGAAAAAUGUCCAAUAAUGAAGCUUCUAAAGGAUGUACUUCCAUGCAUAAAAGUAGGCUUUUAGGAACAGAUGGUAUUAUUUGUGAAAUUUUUCAUCUCUGGUAUCAAGACCUUUUUUUGGGCACAAAUGCAAGUAAUCAACUUGUAGGACAGCAGCCUGGGUGACUCAACACUUACUGUAUUUCAUAAAUUUAUUGACCUUUUUUCUUAAUAAAGUUGCCAUGCCACAAUAUUCUUUUUCUUUUCUUUUUUCUUUAAACCUAGUUAGUUUUAGCUUUCAUUUACAUAACUGUAUUUUAAAACCCAAAUAAAGCACAAGACCAAGUGUUCAAUGUGCUUUAAGAAUAUGUUGUUGCUUGGAUGUGUGAAACUGAAGAAUUAUCUUCUUGUCUAGUGCUGGAUUCUUAAAAGGUCCUGGUAAAACAAUUUACCUUUUAUAUUAAAUUUUCAGUCUUUGCAGAGUAAGCAGAAAGUGACCUGUAUGGCAAGUGUAUGUUUAGCCAAAACUGCGUUGUGUGAAUUGCAUUAGCAGCGUUGUUUAUUACAGUGCUUUGCCGCUGUCUGACCUAAUCUGAAACACACACAUAGGUAACUUGUUGUUGAGGGAAAAGUGAAUAAUAACAGAUUUCUGAAAGUUAACCUGAACUCGGUGCCUUCAGCAGCCCCUGUUUUGAAUCUGAAUUUACCACCUACAUAAAAACAUUUUUGUAAAGUGGUUAACCAGGAGCACAGCUGCAGAGAUGUUUGCAUGCUUCACUGUGACAGGCAUUCAUCGUGAGUUUUUCUCUGUGCUUUUCCCCAGUUUUUCUUGUUUUAUGGAUGGAAGAGUGGUGUUUAUAACCUCACAGCAGUAAUGAGUGUAUCAAUCUCAAUGAAGCCAUUACAUUUCAUUAUUAUUGGACCUGCAUAUAAAGCUAAUUUUUUUUCCCUAUUAAAAAAAAAUUAGGAGUUCUGCUUUGCUUAGUUUUUCUUAUGACAAGAACAACAAAGAGAGAUUUCUCUGUUCUGGUCAUUAAGUUAAAUGAAGGGAAGAAACUGGAUUUGAUGCUUGAGAAAGACAAAAGCAGACAGUUUCAAAUUCAACUUGGGCGUUACUGUCUGAUCACUGUUCUGAAUCUAAUAUAAACUGAUAUAUAAACUGGGGAAUUAAAUGGCUCUAAUAGCAUGGCAUCGCUAAAAAUGCUGCAGCUGGCACACUUCCUUGGUAAUUUCAACAUAGGCGCUGUUGCUGCUGUCCACACAGCAACACUGAGAAAAAUGUGACUUCAGGGAUCUCAGGCAGUUUGUCUCUAUUACCAUAAGCUAAGACAAAAAUGUUUUGAAAAAAGGUAGAAAUGAAGGGAAUAUAAGCUGUGUAACAAAUGUUUAUGAACAUGGUUUAUGUAUGU